AUGGAAAGGAUAAAGAAAACUUUCAAUAGCCACUUUGCUGUUAAAAAGGGUGGAGAUCCAACACCAGGUGAGGUACAUUUGCACGUCCAUACACAUGAUCAUGAUGGGGAAUCUUUUGUUGAUGAGCGUGCUCGAGUUGUCCAUGAAAGAUAUCAAGAAAUAUUACGGGAAAAAUCACAAUCUCAGCCUGAUAUUGAUGAAUGUGAAGCAUAUUACCAAGCCGCGAGAGGAGCAAAGAAGAGAAGAAUAUAUGGUCUUGGAUCUCAAACACAAAGUUAUCAUGGGCCGAAUCUUCGUGUCACUUCUGACUUCGAUGCUUCAUCAUCAGUACUACCAUCGGUUUCUCAAUCAGCACCGAAAGAAAAUAUAGAGGAGUUAGUGAUGCGAUUUAUUCCUACACUGACUGAUCUCAUGCUUCCUAUUUUUAUUGAGCAGGCACGUGCCACCCAUCAGUCUUCACCACCACAUCAUCCAAAUACUCCUAUCGACAACCCAUCAGCCGUGACACCUAUAGUGCCUCUUUCUACUACUACUGUUAACGUUGAUGUUGUUGAUCCUUUAGUUUCAAAUGAUGAUUUAUAG